AAAAGAUCGGUUCCCUUUUUUUUCCUCCUGCUCCCCUACUUUCUUUUUCUGUUUUCUUUUGCAAUUGGAAGUGUUGCAAGGGGUGGAAUGCCAGCCAUGCCACAGGAUCCAGGCCAGGAGGGGAACUGAGAGCAGCUCUGGGGACUCUUUGGGGGGCCAAGGGGUUGCUUUGCACCAUGCCAGGAGGUCCCUGCAUCCCUGAAACCUGGGCUCCAGAGAAGGAGGAAGAGGAAGAGGAGGAGAAGAUCCCAGGGGAGGAAGAGGCCCAGCCUUGAAGGGAGGAAGAAGACCCAAGGAAGCCGGCGCCAUGGCGGACGAAAACAGCCUGGACUUGAAAAUUGAGGAGAACGAGAGCGACUGCUUCGAGGUGGAUCCGCAGAGCGGCGCUGCCGAGCCGAGCACGCUGCUGCAAAAGUUGAAAGGCGCCAUUUCGAAAUCUGUCCAGAACAAAGUCAAUACUAUCUUGCAAGAUGUCCAGAGGUUUUCAGACCACGCCAAACUCUAUCUCUACCUCCAGCUACCUUCAGGUCCAAGUUCAGGAGAGAAAAGCUUGGACCUGACCUCCCUGAGUUCGGCCGAACACAUGCAUGCCUGUACCUGGAUCCAGAACCACCUGGAAGAGUAUCCAGAUACCUGCCUGCCCAAACAGGACGUCUAUGAUGCUUACAAGCGAUACUGCGACAACCUCUGUUGCCGAUCCCUGAGUGCGGCGAAUUUUGGCAAGAUCAUGCGGGAGAUCUUUCCCAACAUCAAAGCAAGAAGGCUGGGUGGACGCGGACAAUCAAAAUAUUGCUAUAGCGGGAUUCGGAGAAAAACUGUGGUCAACAUGCCGCCGCUUCCCAGCCUGGACCUGAAAGAAGCCGAGAUGCCGGAGAGGACGGAGGUGGUCCAGUCCUACAACGACGAGGUGAUGGACGCGGCCUGCGCCCUGACCUGCGACUGGGCCGAGAAGAUCCUCAAGCGCUCCUUCAACAACAUUGUGGAAGUGGCUCAGUUCCUCAUCCAGCAGCACAUCAUCAGCUCCCGCUCGGCCCACGCCGAUCUGGUCAUGGCCAUGGUGGUCUCAGAAACGGCCGAGAGCCACCGGGACAAGCGCCCCACACAAACCGUGAAGACGAGCGAACCAGAUGCGCCGGAAAACACAGCCAAGGCACAACCUCAGAUAAAACCAGAAAGCAGCCCCAAGCCCUCGGCGCCACCCUUGCAGAGUGAGGUGAAGAAGCCCACGGAGGCCCCUGCCAAGCCACCCAGCCGCCCCCAGGUCAACGUCGCGGUGGUCCGUCGGCCGCCUCUGCUGCCCCGGGUGCAGGUCCACCCUGGGGACAGAUUGAUGGUGUCUUCCGGCGGGACGGCCAUGCACCUAUCUCCUCCUCUCUUGGCGCCAAAGCUCACCGCUGCGCCCGUCAGAGGAACGGUCAAGAUGGCCCUCUCCGUGGGCUCGCCUUCCCCUAUGUUGCUGGCACCGGCGGUGAAUGGUCCGGCCAGCCUGGUGGGACCGCAGGGCGCUGUGCCGGUGAUCAACAUGAUGCCGGUGAUCAACGUGGCCGUGCCUCCUUCGGUCGCCGAGAUCCUGCCUAAGCCUAAGGUUGCCUCUGUUGGCGGCGGGGUGAACGGCUGCGAGGCCAGGAAGAGUCCUUGCGAGGCCCCAAGAGCCAAGCCUCCCAGCAAGCGUCCGGCGGAGACGUGCGGGGACGCCACGGUGAAAAGGAAGCGUGGACGGCCCCGGAAGAGGCCCGAUGAGCCGGAGAAGAGGGACGAGACCGAGAAGGCCAAAGAGGGUUCAGAUAUCGUCAUCGUAAGGGUCGGUUACGAAGAUCAAGCCGCCUCUCCGUCCUGCAAGAAUCCGCCAGAAGAGAACCUUCCGGUGGAAGUGGCUUGCGGAGACGACCCCAAGACUACGGCUGAUGCAAGUCCUUCAGUGGUCAGUGGACACAUUGUAUGUCCGCCCUCAAAACCGGCCGUCUUGCCCACCAAGGUGAGCGUCAUCAAAGGCUGUGGGCCUCUCCCUCCCAUCUUGGUGAGUGCUUUGCCAGAGCCCUUGCACGUGGGGCAAGGAAGUGGCCCCAACGUCGUCACGGAUGAACCGGAGCAGCACUGCCCGUUGGAUUUGGAGUUGCAACCUACAGAUCUCUCCAUGGGCAAGGCGCGCUCGUUGUCUGCCAGGGAUACAGCGCAAAGCUUGCGAGCCUCUGCCGUGCGCUUGCAUUGUGUCAACGCAGAACGGGAGACGGAGGCAGAAACGACGAGUCCCUCGACAUCGUCGACGCAGGCCCCUAGUCGGUAACUCCCCUUCCCUCAAAUAUGAGUCGCGAUGCCACGCUUUCCCUCCAGUUCGGCUGUUUUGCAGGUCCGAACUCGUACGCGGAUACUUUCGAAAUGACCGUCCGUCACACUUCAUCCCCUGACAUUGUGUGAGGUUGUGUCCCCGACAAGUUUGCCCGUCUUCGUGACCACCGACCAUAUCAUUCCCCACCUGAAAAAUAUCAAAACUGCCCUCAGAUGUUGACGUAUACGAGGGUUGAAUGAAAAGUAAUGCCUCUACUUUCGUUGCUUGGGUUUGGAUGGGAAUAUUUUAAUAAAUCAAAUGCAGAAAUAA